AUGAAGUUCCAACUUGUCCCAAUUCUCGCCUAUGCAUCACCCUGCCUUGCGCAGGUCGCAGCUAAUCCUCCUGAUGGAAAACAUUACUCGCCUGUUCCACUCAACACCUUGUCCGAAAACUUGACGUCCGUUAACGUCGCGCCUUACCAGUCCAAUACGUCGCUGUACUAUCUCGGCUACAAGGAUGAAGACUGGUCUCGGCCGUUUGUCAAAUACUGGAAACCUGCUGUGAAGCAAAUCUCAGAUGAAGUGCAAAAGGGAAUCACUGAAAGCCCCCAUGCCAGCAGUCUGGGCAGCGCGCGGAUCAAUUUGUUACGGACAGCUUCGGUAGGAUUCCUAUCCACCUGUCAGCUCAAGAAGGCAGCAUGCGUGUUAUCGCCACUCCGCCUCAGUAUAAAUGAGAAAGAUCAGAAAGGCCGGAGUGCAUUGCAUCUGGCAGCUUUUAGUGGGCACUUAAAAACACUUUCUAAGAUUAUCGAGUGUGGAGCCAAUGCUAAUGAGCCCUUUUUGUCUGAUGGUGAUUCAACAACCUUGCACUGGGCUGCUCGAGAGUCUAAAGCCGAAAUUGCGAAGGCUCUUCUCGCUUCGGGGGCAAAUGUUGACGCCAGGGACUAUUUUGAUAGGACCGCUCUUUAUUAUGCAUGUAUGAAGAACAGUAUAGAGGUGGUUGAGAUCCUGAUCGCGUAUGGGGCUGAUGUCAAUGCUGAAGAACGAUCUCACCUCACUCCCUUAUGGCUUGCGGCGCAGAGUGGAAGCAUCGAAUGCGCUUACAGGCUUCUCAAGGCGGAAACUAUCGAUAUCAAUGCCCGGCAUACAGCAAAUGACAGUCCCCUGUAUCGUGCGAUUGAGCGUGGUCAUGGCGACAUAGUCAAAAUGCUAGUUGAAAAGGGUGCCAAAAUUAGCCCGCAUAUGGUUGAUUUCGCGCUAGAACUGUACAAGUCGGGACAGCUUAAAGUUAAAGAGGAGGUACAGGAAGAAGAUAAGAAUGAGGAAGAAGAGGGGCAGGAGUACGAGGAUGAGGAUGAGGAUGAGGAUGAGGACAAGGGAGAUAAGGGAGAUGAGGGGGGGGGGGUGCAUAAAGGAAAAAAAUACUAA